AGAAGCUGUGGACUCAUUCCUUCUCCCCCACUCCGCACCCGCAACUUCCCCGGCAACCCUCGGGCACACGGGCGCCGGCCAGAGCCCGUGGGAGACGAGAGGAGCCGCAGCAGCCGGCACCUGCCGCAGCCACCUGCCCCGGCCCGUCUCUGCACAGUGCCUGUCGCCGAGCGAGGCUGCCUUCCAAGGAUUCCCAGUCUCUGUGCAUGUGAGGUGUGAAGGUAGGCAGGACCCCAAGCAACAAAUCAUGGAUUUUGUUAUGAAACAAGCUCUCGGAGGGGCUACCAAAGACAUGGGAAAAAUGCUGGGUGGGGAUGAGGAGAAAGACCCAGAUGCUGCUAAGAAAGAAGAGGAACGACAGGAAGCCCUUCGGCAACAAGAGGAAGAGAGGAAAGCCAAAUAUGCCAAGAUGGAGGCUGAAAGAGAAGUCAUGAGACAGGGUAUUCGAGACAAGUAUGGGAUAAAGAAGAAGGAAGAAAAGGAAGCAGAGGCCCAGGCUGCACUGGAAGCUAAUGCUGAAGGGAGUCUGACACGCCCAAAGAAGGCGAUCCCUCCUGGCUGUGGGGAUGAGGAGGAAGAAGAAGAAGAGAGCAUCCUAGACACAGUCAUCAAAUACUUACCAGGGCCCCUGCAGGACAUGUUCAAGAAGUAAUAGCUGCAGACUGUUAGAUGGGCAUGAACAGUACUGCAAAGGAUUUCUCUUUUGCCCAAUGGGGAUUUACAAUCUUGCCAUUCAUCCCGCAGUCCUCCCCAGCUCUGCCCUCUACUGCUCACUAGGAGUCUCUUUGCUUCCCAUUCCCUUCCAACUGCCUCUUCCCCUUUCCGCCACCCCAAGACUCAUCCAUUCCUUAAUUUUGUACAUAGUCAUAUCCAGUAGAUGCCUCUGAAUGGAUGUAAAGGUUAAAAAGCUGCAGACUACACAACUUUUAUUAUAAGCCAUAGUACUAUGUAUGUUAAAUAAGGCAACUGCACAUCAAGCAUAGAAAAGGAAUAAUCUCAUUUCCAUCCAAUGCAAGAAGGAAUCUUCACUAAGUAUGAACAGUGGCCUCUUUAUUUUUUUUAAUUAUCUUAUUUUUAUUAUUGAUAAUAAUUAGUCAUUAUUAUCAUGUUCCUAUUGAUUGGGUCACAGUAGCCAUUUUUUGUUGAGCACAUCUGCUCUUGGAAGGGAUAUCUCAGUUCUCCCAUGGAAGCAGACUUUUCUAUUUUAAUUCCAUCUGUGACAUAAAUAAAAGAUUGUUUGGAAAGUAAAUAAUGCAUGACUUACACAGCUGACAUCACUCAGAAUUGUGGAAGGAGUCAUCUGCCCUUAGAUGCUGUAGAAGUUAAAUGCCUCAGAAUCUAAGCAAGAGUCAUGUUACUUUGGGAAUUAGCCAUACAUUUACCUUGAAUGAGCAAAUUGGUCAGGCACUUGCCAUACAGAGAUUUGAAACCAUAGAAUAGUGCACAGUGCUCUGGUAGAGGACCUCCUCAACCCCUCUGAAGCCAGUGACAAGUGUAUUUGCUGCUCUCUUUAACCAAUCUUCCUCUUUCUGCCAUAUUCAACCAUCCUAUUUCCAGCAGUGCUUGCAGGUUGGACAUUUGGGUUCCAGUACAUUGUUGUGGCUGUGUUCUGCUCGUCCUUUCCUGCAGUGUAUGGGAAUGUGUGGUGGUCUGAAUGUUAAUCAUGGCAGAUCCAUAAAUAUCCAUUAUGUUUAUUGUGCUAAAUUACUGCAUUGCCUUGGGGAGGUCACUUAUUUUCUGCACCACUGAGAUUCUGCACCUGUAAAAUGUAGGUUUCAGUAUCUACCUACUAUAAAGGCAUAAAGUGAGGAUGCUUCUUAGUGCUGUGCAGGAGCUAAUUAAUAUUACAGAAGUGUGUGGUAUCCCUUGAUGCUAGCAGGGUGGAAGAUUUUUUUCUCACCAUUAUCUUUGUGGCCUUUUGCAGACACAGGUACAGAGGUCUCCUCAAUAAAACACUGUAGGUAUCACAUAAUUGCAUAAGAAAAUCCAAAUUCUAUGGGAGAUGUUGACUUGCUAAUACUUACAUAGAUUCAAUAAACAGAUAGACCUAUUUUGAACACAGGUUCUCAUGAUCAGGUAUCUGUCUUGCCAUCUGAGGAGCUAAUCCUGAAAUUUUGCAUCUAGCUAGGUCUCCGUAGUCAAUGCUGUAGACAUGCCAUCUUAGCUCUGUGCCUUCCAGCAGCAUCUGUUGUAAUAGGAAAAGAGUAUUUUGAAAGAGAGUAAAUAUAGUAUGCCCUCAUCGCACAAUUUUUAUUCAGGUGUUACAGUCCUCACUUCUUCUCAAAUAACUUCAAACAUAACUUUUUUUUUUAAUCCAAGGCAGAGUUUGAAGAGGUUUGACUGAUAUACAAGUCAGAACAAGUUGAUAAAGAUGCAACUUGUUUCAGGCUGGAUCUAUGAAAAAGAUUGUUCAAGUACAAAAGUUUGUUCAAGUACAAGCUGCCAAGGGCUAUCCAGAAGGCAAGUUUUACUCAUUUGGAUAAUGUCAGUGAGACUUCUUUCUGCCUAACUUUCAUUUAAAGCAAGAUGACUGCUUCCCUUCUGAGACUUUCAAUAAACCCAGAAUACUCUAUGAAUCAGUGCUUGGGUACAGCAUGGUAGUGUUGAACAAUUUACCAUUUUCUAGGAAAAGUAUCUUACUCACCCUAUGCAAAUUCAGCAACUAGUAAUUUGAGGUUGUUUAAGUAAAUCUCACAAAAUUGGAAACUCUUUUUCUGUCACAGGGGCAGCAGCUUAUUUUGAUGCUCUGCUACAGAGUAUCCAACAUCUCCGAAAGGUAAAAGGCAGAGCCUGGCUCUUCUUUUCAGCCACUCAUUGGUCACUAUCUCCUAUCCUAGAUCACUGACAUACAAACAUCAAUACUUUUGAAAUGCCUUGAUUAAUCUCUGUGGCACGCAUCCUCUAAUAUAUAAGUAAAACCAGCAGAAAUGUGCCUGUGCUAAAAUGAACACGUCCAUUCAUAUAUUCCCCUGGCCUUGUGUUGGAGAACUCUGCAAACAAACAAAUCAGAAGAUAAGAUUAUUCCACUUUUCUCUACCACUUGCUUGCUGACCUUUCCCUAGCCCCCGUUACUGAUUCCCUUCCUCAUCCAAUCAAAGACUGUUCCUGAUAUAAGAUCAGAAUUUUCUGCCUAGCAUUCUCCUUGCAGAAUGUUAGUGCUGAUUUUUUUCACAGUCUCUCUGACAGCUUGAUGUGCGUGUUUGUGCACACAUCUGUGGAAGGUGAGGAAAUUGGAGAAGACGGGGAGAAGAGAGAGAGAAAGGAAGACUGUUUGGUAGCAUUUUAGAUAAUUGUGCCUCAGCAGCUUGCUGGCAUUGAAUGACCGGUCUAAGUCAGGAUCUUGUGUAGACUGUACUAAAAUUUCUUAAGCAGGUAGUGCUAUCCCUGGGCUCAGAACACUAAAAAUACUGCCCUUGUGAGCUGAGCUCCUGAGCUUGUGAACAUCUGGAUUGAACCCCUGAAGAGGGCCAUAGGACCACUAUACUGAGUCUGGUAGGCCUCAUCCCAGGUUCACAAAACAGGGAAGAAAGGGAAGGUGGUUUAUUAAAUAGUGUUCACUGAGUCUUCUUCAUUGUGGGGGCUUCCCAGCUCAGCCAUUUCAUCACUUCUGUAUCUCAACUAGCCACACCUGCACCAGCCCUUCCUCCACUGACAGCAAAGAGUUCAUCCAGGUGUGUGCUGGUAGUUCCUAUUUUCCUUUUCUUGCCAUAAGAAACAUGACAGAAGAUCUACCACAGGUACUGGAUAGGUUUUGCUUGGUUUUGCCUCACAUAACUCUGGCACGUUGCAUGAGAGUAGAUCUCUCCUCAAGUCAUUCCAUGGUCCUAAGUGCCUAAGCCAUGCUGAACAGACUCAAGAGCAAGGCACUCUCCCUUCUCUUCUGCCCGUCUAUUUCCCUUCCCACUCAGAACUGGUAACAAGGGACACAGACACCUUUGCCUCAUGUGUGGAAGUCAGAAGCAUUGUCUCACACAUUUUUCCCCUUGGCAUUCAAGCAGGUGAUGAAGCACUUAAACAAGAGACCAAAGAGAAGCAUGGUUUAUUGUUUGGAUUCUGACUAUCUUUUUGUCUUUCAUGACAUUGUUUUAUUUGCAUCACUGGUCUGUUCAAUCUCAGGUAAAUGAGGUAUUUUAGUUUUAUAACUAGUUUUUUUUACACAGAAAGGUUGUUGGCUAGACACUGCAGUCAUUUUCCCUCACAACUCCAAGACCUUACAGGUUAGUAAAAAAAUAGUCAAAGGGCCUUCUCAUUUGGAGGUUAAAUGAUUUAGUUUGCCAUUGACCUUGUGAACUCACAUUUAUAUGUAGAGAAAGCCAUAUGAAAUCAGUCUGCAAUAUUACUUAUCAAUGCUACUCUUGUAUUUAAAAUGAAUAAAACAAAAUAUAAGAUCAAGUGCUUAACCACUUUAGAGUUCCUCUGUCUAUGUUUCAAGUAUCAUACAUUGGCUUAGAUCCCUCCCAGCCUCUCUCCUUCAUCAAGAAAGACCAUACCAGUGCUGCUGAAUACAUCUUUCUGCCAAGCUUUUUGUGCUAGAACAAGCAUUGUUAGAAAUUAGCUGUUGUGAUCUAAAUGUAACGUCUUCUGUACCUGAAAAUUGUCUGUAUUUGUUCUGAAUAUAUGUUAUCAAGAUAACUGUUUCUUCAUGCACUGAAUUAGUAAAAUGUUUCAGUACUGUCAUUGAAAAAUUGCCUGCUUCUCUCUUUCAUACACACAGAACAUAAUUUAACUUAGUCAUGCAUUUUCUAGUAGAAAUGCUCCUCAGCUUUCUUUCAGAUGCAUGCAGUACUUAAGUAUGAUUUAAAGUAGAAACAUUGUGAAUGUGAUUUCAAUUUGUUAUUUUCCUGGUAUUUUUUCCUGCAUGAUGUGGGUAAAUGGUAUGAUGUUAUUUUAAAAUGGAAUCACAGCCAAUAAAAAAACCCAGUGAUUUCAUAAA